UCAGGUGGAGUGGCGCAUGCACGAGAGGCGGCCGCCCAGCAGCACCCGUACGUCGUCCGCUCCGAUGACGUCCCGCGCCUUGGGCACCGACUGGGGGAAGCGGGCCAUGCCCCGCUGCCCCUUCUGCGGCCGCUCGGUCGUGAACAGCCGCACGCUCACGAUGUCGGUGAACUUGAACAUCCGAAGGUCCUCACUCCUGUGUGUUACGUUGGUGCCACACACACAUACACACACACACACACGGACAAAUAGCCCGAUUGCCUUCGUAUUGCUGAGAGUUUUUAGCGACCUACCUCUUUUUGGUGAUGGCGAUGUGCAGGGCGAACGCGUCAUCGGGUCCGUCACCGUAGAGCGUCACGACCCGCCCGACCUCCUGGAAAGCGAGCCAGCGGCAAACCGUGGGCCGCCCCCACACGGACGGCUCCUGCUGCGUGAUGAUGUCGUUGGCGCGCGUGAAGAGCGUCGCGGACUCCAUGUCGCUAAGGUCGAUGACCUCCUGCACGGAGACGACCUCACGGCGGCCCCGCAGCUGCGUGCUGAACGAAUCAGGGCAAGACAGAAGGAAUGCUAUCAAUACUGCAGUGGUGGUUGGCUGGUUUGCUCACUGUAGGAGGAUCAGUUCCCGGAAAGCAGCAUGAGUGCCGUACCAAUCUGCACACACACACGACACACAGACAGACACACAAAGGAAGAAGCACGCAUGAAUGGCAUCCGUAAGGCCAGGCACUCCUUCCCAACUCGUCAGCCCGCUCACCGUUGGUGGGCAAGUCGUGUACGAAGUCGACGGUCUGGAAGGUGCCCGGGUACGCCAGGAAGGCGUUGACCUGAUUCCUGUGCAGCCUUAUCCCGUUGGCGCACGCAGAUCGCUUCUGCAUCCCCAGCCCAAGCGGCAGCCGCCCCACCAGCGUCAAAUCAUGCCCAUCCCGCGCCAGCCGGUGACCCACCAACUGCCACUGCCGCAAACUCACCGGCAGCUCAGUGAACCCCUCGAACGCCUUCGCCUCGUGCGCGUCUUUGGCCGUCAGCCUGAUGGGCAGCUCAGGCAGCCAGCCGUGGUGCGCGGCGAUGCGCAGAGGAGCGAACCACCGCUGCCAGGGGCCGCCCGCAUCCAUGAAGUAAGCCAAGAGUAGGAGGAAUGCCCGUGGGCAGGUGCUGUCGUAGGUCAGCACGCUCGCGAGGCCUGGGUUCUCACGGAUAAUGUGCUCCAGCCAGUCGACCGCCACAGCCAAGCCGAGGGCGCCUGAGGUGAAGGCGAGGGCUGCGCGAGACGCCACCGGGAGCAGCAGCACCACCUGCAACAGGAAGUCGGGCGGGAGGCCGUCGCGCUCGAAGAGUGGCGGUGCGGCGACGGCCCCAGAGGCUCUCUGAUUGCGUGGCUGCUCGGAGGGCCCAGGGUGGGCCUGCCGACGACGUGCUGUGCGAGGCGGAGAGGCCACCCUCUCUGCCGCUGCCGCUGCACCGGUGCGACGGGCUCGUUUGGUCUUGGCCUUGCUUCGGGUCUCCAUUGCGAUAAUAGGCGGAUACAGGAAAGCUACAACAGAGCUCAACAAAAGCACGUGAGGCGCUCA